GAACUGCUGGGCGCGCCGGGACCCGCGCCUGGCAUCGCCAAGGGGUCUCACCCGGUGCACUGCAUCCUCUUCCUGGCGCUGUUCGUGGUCACCAAUGUCCGAUCCCUGCAGGUGCCCCAGCUGCAGCAGGUCGGUCAGCUGGCACUGUUCUUCAGCCUCACCUUCGCGCUACUCUGCUGCCCCUUUGCGCUGGGUGGCCCGGCGAGGGGCUCUGCUGGAGGCGCAGUGGGAUCCGCGGUUGCUGAGCAGGGGGUUUGGCAACUCCUUUUGGUCACCUUCGUGUCCUAUGCCUUGCUGCCCGUGCGCAGCCUACUGGCCAUCGGCUUCGGGCUGGUGGUGGCUGCCUCUCACUUGCUGGUCACAGCCGCCUUGGUCCCUGCCAAGCGCCCACGUCUCUGGAGGACGCUCGGUGCCAAUGCCCUGCUCUUCGUGGGUGUGAAUAUGUAUGGAGUCUUUGUGCGGAUCUUGACGGAGCGCUCACAAAGGAAGGCCUUCCUGCAAGCUCGAAGCUGCAUUGAGGACCGGCUGCGGCUGGAGGAUGAGAACGAGAAGCAGGAGAGGUUGCUCAUGAGCCUCUUGCCCCGGAAUGUAGCCAUGGAGAUGAAGGAAGACUUCCUGAAGCCCCCUGAGAGGAUUUUCCACAAGAUUUACAUCCAGAGGCAUGACAACGUGAGCAUCCUGUUUGCAGACAUUGUGGGUUUCACGGGUCUGGCAUCCCAGUGCACGGCCCAGGAGCUGGUGAAACUGCUCAACGAACUUUUUGGCAAGUUUGACGAGUUAGCCACGGAGAACCACUGUCGCCGCAUCAAGAUCCUUGGGGACUGCUACUACUGUGUGUCAGGCCUCACCCAGCCCAAGACCGACCACGCCCAUUGCUGUGUGGAGAUGGGACUUGACAUGAUCGAUACCAUCACAUCCGUGGCUGAGGCUACUGAAGUAGACCUGAACAUGCGUGUGGGGCUACACACCGGCAGGGUCCUCUGUGGUGUCCUGGGCCUUCGAAAGUGGCAGUACGAUGUAUGGUCCAAUGACGUGACCCUGGCCAAUGUCAUGGAGGCUGCUGGCUUACCUGGGAAGGUUCACAUCACAAAGACGACUCUCGCGUGCUUGAAUGGGGACUAUGAAGUAGAGCCAGGUCAUGGCCACGAGAGGAACACCUUCCUGAGAACUCACAACAUCGAGACCUUCUUUAUUGUGCCAUCCCAUCGGAGAAAGAUAUUUCCAGGCUUGAUUCUCUCAGAUAUAAAACCAGCCAAGAGGAUGAAGUUCAAGACUGUCUGCUACCUGCUGGUGCAGCUCAUGCACUGCCGGAAAAUGUUCAAAGCUGAGAUCCCUUUCUCCAACGUAAUGACCUGUGAGGAUGAUGACAAGCGGAGGGCAUUGAGAACAGCCUCAGAGAAGCUCAGAAACCGCUCAUCUUUCUCUACCAAUGUGGUCUACACCACUCCGGGCACACGUGUCAACAGGUACAUCAGCCGUCUUCUUGAAGCCCGCCAGACAGAGCUGGAGAUGGCAGAUCUGAACUUCUUUACCCUGAAGUACAAACAUGUCGAAAGAGAGCAAAAAUACCACCAGCUUCAGGAUGAGUACUUCACCAGCGCUGUUGUCCUUGCCCUCAUCCUGGCUGCCUUAUUUGGGCUUGUCUACCUUCUGAUAAUUCCACAGAGUGUGGCUGUCCUGCUGCUGCUGGUAUUUUCUAUCUGCUUCUUGGUGGCCUGUAUCCUGUACCUGCACAUCACGCGGGUCCAGUGUUUUCCAGGGUGCCUGACGAUCCAGAUUCGCACUGUUUUGUGUGUAUUCAUAGUGAUCUUAAUCUACUCAGUAGCUCAAGGAUGUGUGGUGGGCUGCCUGCCCUGGGCCUGGAGCUCUCAGUCCAACAGCUCCCUAGUGGUCCUUGCAGCUGGUGGCCGGCGCACUGUGCUGCCUGCCCUGCCCUGUGAGUCUGCACACCAUGCCCUGCUCUGCUGCCUGGUGGGCACCCUCCCGCUAGCCAUAUUCCUGCGGGUGUCCUCCUUGCCAAAGAUGAUCCUGCUGUCUGGGCUGACCACAUCCUACAUCCUUGUUCUGGAACUCAGUGGAUAUACCAAGGUUGGGGGUGGUGCUCUCUCUGGGCACAGCUAUGAACCAAUCAUGGCUAUCCUGCUGUUCUCAUGCACACUGGCCCUGCACGCCAGGCAAGUGGACGUCAGACUGCGGCUGGACUACCUCUGGGCAGCACAGGCGGAAGAGGAGCGGGAUGACAUGGAGAGAGUGAAGCUGGACAACAAGAGGAUCCUCUUCAACCUCCUGCCAGCCCAUGUGGCACAGCACUUCCUCAUGUCCAAUCCCCGGAACAUGGACCUCUAUUACCAGUCCUACUCCCAGGUGGGCGUCAUGUUUGCCUCCAUCCCCAACUUCAAUGACUUCUACAUCGAGCUGGAUGGCAACAACAUGGGGGUUGAGUGUCUGCGACUCCUCAAUGAGAUCAUUGCUGACUUCGAUGAGCUCAUGGACAAGGACUUUUACAAGGACCUGGAGAAGAUUAAGACCAUUGGUAGUACCUAUAUGGCUGCCGUGGGACUGGCACCCACAGCAGGAACCAGGGCUAAGAAGUCAAUCUCUUCCCACCUUUGCACAUUAGCAGACUUUGCCAUCGAUAUGUUUGAAGUCCUGGAUGAAAUCAACUACCAAUCCUACAACGACUUUGUUCUCCGAGUUGGCAUCAACGUUGGCCCUGUGGUGGCUGGAGUGAUCGGAGCUCGCAGGCCCCAGUACGACAUCUGGGGAAACACAGUCAAUGUGGCCAGUCGAAUGGACAGCACAGGGGUCCAGGGCAGAAUUCAGGUAACUGAGGAGGUCCAUCGGCUGCUGAAGAGGUGCUCAUACCAGUUUGUGUGCAGAGGCAAAGUCAGCGUCAAGGGCAAGGGAGAGAUGCUAACAUACUUUCUAGAAGGCAGGACUGAUGGAAACAGUUCCCAUGGCAGGUCCUUUCGAUUGGAGCGGAGAAUGUGUCCUUAUGGGAGAGGUGGAGGCCAGGCCCGACGUCCCCCACUAUGUCCUGCAGCUGGACCCCCGAUCAGGCCGGGGCUCCCCCCAGCCCCAACUAGCCAGUACCUGCCAUCCACAGCAGGGGGGAAGGAAGCCUAG